GGGCAGGACUCCGGGCAGAGGCACAUCGGGCAGAGGCACAUCGGGCAGGACUCCGGGCAGAGGCACAUCGGGCAGAGGCACAUCGGGCAGAGGCACAUCGGGCAGAGGCACAUCGGGCAGGACUCCGGGCAGAGGCACAUCGGGCAGGACUCCGGGCAGAGGCACACCGGCAUCAGGUCAUUUGGCUCGACCGCGGGCACCGCGUCAUCUGGCAAGGCAGUGGGCUCCGAGUCAACUGGUAUGACCGCGGGCACUGGGUCAGACAUUGGAUCGUCUGACUGGACAGCGGGCAUCGGGUCACCAGGCAUCAGGUCAUUUGGCUCGACAGCGGGCACCGCGUCAUCUGGCAAGGCAGUGGUCUCCGAGUCAACAGGCACGGACAGUGGGCACCGGGUCAUCAGGUACCGGAUUGUCUGGCUCGACAGCGGGCAUCGGGUCAUCAGGCAUCAGGUCAUUUGGCUUGCCAGCGGGCACCGCGUCAUCUGGCAAGGCAGUGGGCACCGAGUCACCAGGUACGACAGCGGGCUCUGAGUCAAUUGGCACGACAGCGGGCACCGGAUCAGGUACCGGAUCAUCUGGAUCAACAGCGGGCAUCGAGUCAACUGGC